AUGGGAGGCUGGGAACCAUGGGAGGCUGGGGACCAUGGGAGGCUGGGGACCAGGGAGGACGGGAACCAUGGAGGCUGGGGACCAGGGAGGCUGGGGACCACGGAGGCUGGGGACCAGGGAGGACGGGAACCACGGAGGACGGGGACCAGGGAGGCUGGGGACCAUGGGAGGCUGGGGACCAGGGAGGAUGGGGACCAGGGAGGCUGGGGACCAUGGGAGGCUGGGGACCAGGGAGGCUGGGGACCAUGGGAGGCUGGGGACCAUGGGAGGCUGGGGACCAUGGGAGGCUGGGGACCAUGGGAGGACGGGGACCAGGGAGGACGGGAACCACGGAGGACGGGGACCACGGAGGCUGGGGACCAUGGGAGACUGGGGACCAUGGGAGGCUGGGGACCAGGGAGGCUGGGGACCAGGGAGGCUGGGGACCAUGGGAGGCUGGGGACCAGGGAGGACGGGAACCAUGGGAGGCUGGGACCAUGGGAGGCUGGGGACCAUGGAAGGCUGGGGACCAGGGAGGCUGGGGACCAUGGAGGACGGGGACCAUGGGAGGCUGGGGACCAGGGAGGACGGGAACCAUGGGAGGCUGGGGACUAUGGGAGGCUGGGGACCACGGAGGCUGGGGACCAUGGGAGGCUGGGGACCAUGGGAGGCUGGGGACCAGGGAGGACGGGAACCAUGGGAGGCUGGGGACCAGGGAGGACGGGAACCAUGGGAGACUGGGGACCAUGGAGGACGGGGACCAUGGGAGGCUGGGGACCAUGGGAGGCUGGGGACCAGGGAGGACGGGAACCAUGGGAGGCUGGGGACCAUGGGAGGCUGGGAACCAUGGAGGACGGGGACCAUGGAGGACAGGGACCACGGAUGCUGGUGACCAGGGAGAGUGGGGACCAUGGGAGGCUGGGAACCAUGGAGGACGGGGACCAGGGAGGCUGGUGA